AAACGCCCGUGCAAUGCUACCGGUACCGUAGUUAUGGCGUCUCCCCGAAUUAGUCUAUAUAAAUGAAUGUAGCGACAGCGAUUCAACAGGUUUGUCUAUAAUUAGCAGGGUUUUACGCAGUGCACGUGACAGGAGCCAUUGCAUUGUUGAACUUUGUACCGAAAUGCCGCACUCGUAUACCAGUGUUCAUACUCAACCUGCACAACAUUCUAGGCCCAUCCUACUCUUCCACACUAAAUCAUGUGAAACUGAAUGGCAGGGUUGGACCUUUCUAGGCGAGAUCGUUGUGUAUUUGACCAACAAACUGGAGCGGUGUCCCACAUAUGAGGGUAGGCCUCGUGUAUCUGUAAUCUGAAGUAAGUUGGACGUUGAUUGUAGUCGUCACCCCGGCCACUGCAACACAACGUGCGUGUUUUCAGGUACCGUAUUCUGUGCAAAUUAUACCGCGCAGCAGCAAUGACAGAUGAACUUCAACGAGUGUUUCUAUGGGGCGUUUCUCGCAGCAUGUCAACGGCGGUGCUGAAGUGUCUGAGCUACGUCGAUGGGAUUCAAAUUGUGAACCAACCCUACGCCACUGCCUUCUACCAUGGAUCCCAUGCGACGCGACCAGAGCCUGAUCCAAAUGACAAACUUUUGAACAAAGUUCUUGCACUACGUGAGAAAAUAGCUGAAAAGGGCGAAAAGGCAGAAGGGGAAGGAAUUGCUCCGUCUUUCUUGUCACUUCAGGGGAUCCGAGAUGAGAUCUUACAAGCCCAUUAUCCUGACAAGAAAGUCCUACUUUGUCGAGAUCAGGCACACUACCUCAACGGCCAGUAUGACUUGCUGCCUUGCGGAUUCAAGUACAGCUUCCUCAUUCGCCACCCUUACAAGGUGUUUCGCUCUUGGAAGAAGCACCUCACUGCUGUAGUGGGCGAUUCUCCCGACAUGCGUGCCUUGCCUUCACUGAUCUUUCCUCCAGGAAGGGGCUUCAAAGAGCUCUUCGAGUUGGUGCAAUACGUCAAGGAGAACAUCGACCCUCAUCCGGCCAUCCUGGACGCCGACGAUCUUCUGGAGGAUCCGGCAGGGCUCUUGUCCACUUACUGCGCUAGGAUGGGAAUCCCGUACGCCAGCAAGCUCCUGUUUUGGGACCCUGGUGAUGAAAUCACCAACACGUGGAUCAUGAGUAAGUCUGUGUCAGUGUCGAACGGUUCUUUUGGCUUCUACAAGCAUGCUUUUGAGAGCGAAAAAUUCGACAAACCAACACCUGUCCCAGAUCCAGCCAGUCUCCCGGCAGAUGUGCGGGCCUGCGCUGAGAUGAGCAUGAUGUAUUACGAGAAUUUGCACCGUGAGAGAAUCGUAGCAUCCGUAUAGAGCGAAGUUUGACCGGUGAAGGAAUGCCGGUGGAGUGACAGUCCGGAAAAAAGAAAUUUGCAAAGCCGUGUAACCCUCGACUUUGCCUGUGUUUCUGAUUUUGUAUAUAUAAAAAAGUAAGAUUUGGUAAUUAGAAACAUAGACAACGACUUGUAGCAAGUCCGCUAAUCUUCACAAAAGAAUAUAAUUACUUUUCAUGCUUUAAGAAACAGCAACGCCGGUCUAUUAUGCGUACAAUGCAGAUCGGCCAGACAAAUACAGGUCGCUGAAGUUUUAGGACAGUUGACUUAGAAGAACAAUGUAAUCGGAUUUUCAUGUUACCAUGACAGUCCAACUCCGCUGUAAUACUUAAAGAGAGAGAUGACAGCCUUUUGCAUUUUACUCUAAUGACGAUUUCCACGCCUUUUAACCAAGGCAGAAGUGGAGUAUUCUUCACAGCUUUGUGUAUUAUGUAUCACACUCUUUUUUGUACUUGAAGUAAGUUUCAAUUAAUACUUGGUUUUCAAAUUACCAGUUCUUGAAAGCAUUGUUGGUGGGAGAUUUUGAAGGAUUGACCUUUGUCAUGUUCUUAUGCUCUUUUGACAAGGAGUGCCUCGUGUGGCAUUAACAUAGCGCCCUCGUACACACGUUUAUGAAAGCAUUUCCUUAUAACUGAAAAAACUAACACUUUCUUUUCCUUUCCAAAGGAAAAAGUAUUUACAUAUUGUUUACAUUGUUAUAAAAUAAAGUAUAAGC